GAGUAGUAGUCAUCCAAAAUCGAAUGGAUUGGUAGGACUAAACCGUAGUGAUGGGUUAAUCACGAAAAAAGUAGGUAUAUUUAUGUAUGAGAUCCGCAUUAAUAAACCUAGCUAGUAAUAGUUAAUUCACUUGAGAUAUAGAUUUGGCCACCGAAAUAGCAAAAUACAAAAUUAUAAAACCCUAAUUCUAAAACCCCCAGUGAUCGCGCGAGCAAGCAAGCAAAGCAAGUCUCUUUCAUAAAUUCAGAUUCCAAAAUCAAGCUGCAUUCUCGUCUCCUCUCCUCAAUAGAUACAGCUUUCGUGUAUAUAUAAUUUAGAUUUAGAUUCUCGCAUUCACACCUUGGCUUGUAUGGAUUCACAAGAUUCCUCCGCUCCGCCACCCCACCACCACCACCACCACCACCCGCACCCCCACCCCCACCCCCACCCGCACCCGCAGCCGCCCUUCUCCGCCCACCACGCCAUGCUGAUGGGCCAUCAGCACCCCCAAAUUCAACAGCACCCCUCCAACAACUCCUACCUACUGCCCAACACCAACAAUUCCGUCGCCCCAACCACCUCCGCCGCUGCCUCCAAUUCCACCAUGAUGCACCAGCAGCAGCAGCAGAACCCCCGCUUCCCCUUCAACUCCAUGCCCGCCGCCCCCCAGAAGCCGCUGGAUCACCAAUUCUCCGAUGUGUCGCCCUCGGGAAGCGCCGGCGGCUGGUUCAGCGCCGAGCCGGCCAGGAAGAAAAGGGGCCGCCCGAGAAAGUACUCUCCUGAUAACAGCAUUGGUCUAGGCCUGUCUCCGGCGCCGGUCACCCAGAUUUCGCCGGCUGGGGGCCACGUAGAUCCCGGAGGGGGCGCUGGGACCCCUUCUUCUGAAUCUCAGGUCAAGCGCCACCGUGGCCGCCCUCCGGGCUCCGGAAAGAAGCAGUUGGAUGCUCUAGGAAUUCCAGGAAUCGGUUUCACACCCCAUGUCAUUACUGUUAAUUCUGGAGAGGACAUAGCUUCAAAGAUAAUGGCUUUCUCACAACAAGGACCACGUACAGUCUGCAUUUUAUCUGCUAAUGGUGCCAUCUCGAGUGUGAGCCUACGCCAACCAGCGACACCUAGUGGCCAGAUCAACUAUGAGGGCCGGUAUGAGAUCAUCUCUUUAUCAGGUUCCUUCCCAACAUCGGAGAGCAACGGUAGCCGAACUGGCGUGCUGAGCGUGUCAUUGGCAGGGUCUGAUGGCAAAGUAGUGGGUGGUGGGGUUGUUGGAGUUCUUAAAGCUGCAUCACCCGUUCAGGUUGUCGUGGGGAGCUUCAUUGCUGAAGGCAAAAAGCCAAAGGGCGGUGGGCCCUCAUCCAAUCUGCCUUCGAAUAUGUUGAAUUUUGGUACUCCGGGCACACGGGCCAGCCCUCCCUCUGGCGGUGGUUCGAGUGAUUCUGCUGACGACAAUGAUGGUAGCCCUCUCGCUCCCGGGUCAGGACCGUAUGGGAAUGCUGGACAUCCGGUACAUAACGUGCCAAUAUAUUCGAAUAUGGGUUGGCCUAACUCCAUCAAAAUGUAAGCAAAAUGGUAACGUACUAGGCUGGCUGCAAACGCUAACAUACCCACCCCAGAUAGAGAGCUCUUUUCCUUAGUUGUUUUUAUCUGUAGCCUUUACUAGGUAUAAUACCCUUUUUACUUUUCUCAUUCGGAUAUGAUGCGUGAUUUCUUGCUAACGGCUUUGCAGAAUUAAUUUGCAUUCUUUUACCAUUA